AGGACAUAAAACUGCCACUAACACACAGACUUCUGCUCUCUCGGGAAGUUUUUGGCAGCAACCAUGGCCACCUACGUGGAGCUCAGUACCAAAGCCAAGAUGCCCAUCGUGGGCCUGGGCACCUGGCAGUCUCCUCCAGGCGAAAUCAAGGAAGCUGUGAAGGUGGCCAUUGAUGCCGGAUAUCGCCACUUUGACUGCGCCUAUGCCUAUUACAACGAACAUGAAGUGGGGGAAGCCAUCCAGGAGAAGAUCAAGGAGAAGGCCGUGAAGCGGGAGGAUCUCUUCAUUGUCAGCAAGUUGUGGCCCACCUGCUUUGAGAGAAAACUGCUUAAGGAAGCCUUUCAAAAGACCCUCACGGAUCUGAAACUGGACUAUCUGGACCUCUAUCUUAUCCACUGGCCACAGGGACUUCAGCCUGGAAAGGAGUUAUUCCCCAAGGACGCUCAAGGCAAUGUCCUCACCAGUAAAAUAACGUUCUUGGAUGCUUGGGAGGUCAUGGAGGAACUGGUGGAUGAAGGGUUAGUGAAAGCUCUGGGGGUCUCCAACUUCAACCACUUCCAGAUUGAAAGGAUCCUGAACAAGCCUGGACUGAAACAUAAGCCAGUGACCAAUCAGGUCGAGUGCCACCCAUACCUCACUCAGGAAAAACUGAUCCAGUACUGUCACUCCAAGGGUAUCAGUGUCACAGCCUACAGUCCCCUGGGCUCUCCAAACAGGCCUUGGGCCAAGCCAGAAGACCCAUCACUACUAGAGGACCCCAAGAUUAAAGAGAUUGCUGCAAAGCACAAGAAAACCUCAGCCCAGGUUCUGAUUCGGUUCCACAUCCAGAGAAACGUGAUAGUGAUCCCCAAGUCUGCGACACCAGCGCGUAUACACGAGAACUUUCAGGUCUUUGACUUCCAGUUGAGUGACCAGGAGAUGGCCACCAUCCUGGGCUUCAACAGAAACUGGAGGGCCUACCUGCUGCCUGAGACAAUAAACAUGGAAGAAUUCCCCUACAACGCAGAAUAUUGAAGCUAAACAGCCUGAUGAGCCGUCCAUCUUUGCUGACACACACCUCACUCACCCUGGAGUCCUAUUUGAGCCGAGACCGCCUGACUUUGUGCUCUAGGCAAUGCUGUACUUAAAUCCUCCUGGUGAACCAAGGACAGACUGUCUUGCAAUGAUAAUGACUCUGGGAAACAAAUGGACAUUUCUUUUACUCACUUGAUCUGACCAAAUGUAUGUCAAAAAACGUUGGUGGAUAUAAGGAUAGAACAAUAAA